ACCAGGUGCUACCCUUUACCCUUUGCUGGAAUCCACUGCCUCAUGGGAAUAAUUAUUGCGAAUGGUAGUGCUGCUGGCUCACUGCUCAGCUCUCCCACCAGGGGGCUCAAGAGAGUGCUGUGGGCACUGAUGCUAGUCAUGUCUGUUGCUAUCUAUGGCUCUCAUGCACCCCUUCUGACUCUGUGUAAAGUGGAUGGAAAGAUCCCAUUCAGCGCCUCAUCAGUUGUGGUUCUUACUGAACUGACCAAGCUGGUGUUCUCCUUCAUUUCCCUGCUGAUCUGGGACCGGAGGCAGCUGGGAGUCUCCCUGUCAUGGCGCCAUGCUGCCCCCUUUGCCCUAUCUGCGCUGCUCUAUGCUGCCAACAAUAACCUGGUGGUUCACAUGCAGCUGUUCAUGGAUCCUAGCACCUACCAGGUCCUGAGUAACCUGAAGAUUGGCAGUACUGCUCUCCUGUACAGCAUGUUCCUGCACCAAAGACUCUCUCUGCACAAGUGGCUGGCCCUCUUCCUGCUAACAGCUGCUGGGGUGAGCUACACCUAUGGAGGCCUCCAGGACCUACAGCACUCCUCCAGCUCCUCUGAGAUGCAGCUACACGUCACCCUGAUUGGCUUGCUGCUCAUCUCCGUGUACUGCCUGAUAUCAGGCCUGUCUGCUGUCUAUACCGAAGUCAUCCUGAAAACCCAAGAUCUGCCACUUACCCUCCAGAACCUGUUUCUUUACUUCUUUGGAGUCCUGCUGAACUUGACUGUCCAUCUCUUGAGCAGCAAUGGGGCUGGAUUCCUGGAUGGCUUUUCUUUCUGGGUGCUGGUAAUCGUGGUCAGCCAGGCCCUGAAUGGCUUGAUAAUGUCUGUGGUCAUGAAGCACAGCAGUAACAUCACCAGGCUCUUUGUUAUCUCCUGCUCCAUGCUUGUUAAUGCCCUUCUAUCCAUACUGCUCUUCAGCCUGCAGCUCACUGCCUUUUUCUUCCUCGCUGUCCUGCUGAUCGGCUUGGCUGUUCACUUGUAUUAUGGAGUCAAAUAGACUCCACCUUGCAGCUCUGUGGGAGACAUCUGGUUUUGAGGCUAUAGCUGGCAUGUUCUGGGCUAUUAUGUCGGGGUGGUAACUGCUUGUUGCUUUUUCCCCCUCAUUUUUAUGUAACAAAUGCAUUAGUCUGGCCUGGCUGCCCUCUUAGAAGGCAGUUUCCCUUCAGAACCCGUCACCUGAGGUCAGGGACAAGCAUGUGUGAGGCAGUAGGACUGUAGCUGAAAGCUACUGGCUAUCACAAGCAGACCUUGCCUAUAGCUAGCACGUGCACUGUAAGGAAUUGCACUAUUGUGCAGCACGAAGAAGUGGGAGGGGAUAUAUUCAUUGCAUGGGCUCUGUAUUCCGCAUACAGGGACUCUGGCCCGCAAGGCGCUGACUCAGCAGCCCCUAUUGGUGUCUGCAGGAUCAGGCCCAAUGUAUCCCUUUUGGGGGAAGGGUGAGAGAGCUUCCUGGUGAAGACUAAGCCAGUGACAGUAACAGCAGUUUAAUGGUGUCUUCUGUGACCAUCCCCCAUUUUCCCUUUUUGCCUGAGCUCCCGUCCUCAGGCCCUUUCUUGGAGGGCUCUGAGGGACUCUCGUUACAGCUGAGCAGUACCAUUUCCAGCUCCUUCAGGGACCACUUGUGUGAUGUGAGCUGCUUCCUUCUCUCUCUGGCUGUGCCUGGUGCCUCCACAACACUCUGAGCCCUGAUCCAGCUGUUACAGAUUCAAAGUGCCUUUUGGAAGGGGGAUAGUCCCAGUUUUGUGCACAUCCUGUGCAGUGAGCUGCACAUUGACUCCAAGGCAGAGCCUUGUUCUCAUGCAACGCGUGGCGAGUGUAUUUCCCAGACUCUUCCUACCUGCUGCUCUCAUCUCUGUAACAAAGCACCAAAGAGCUGUCGACUCUUCUGUCAGUGGAAACGAUACGUGUAACCAUCUCCCUGGAAAGUUCCAGUGACAUGACGAGCUGCUGUUCAGCUGGGGGCCUGUGUGUGCAUGGUUAUCACUAACUCGCCUUGCGCACACACAUUUCUCAAAAUCUGGCUCUUAACCUGUAGUAGACUCCUGGGCCCAGAUCCUCAAAGGCACCUAACUCCCAUUGAUUCCACUGGGAGCUAGGUGCCUAAAUACCUUUGCAGAGCUUAACCCUGGUCACCUAGGCCCCAGCUGGAACCCAUCAGGUGAAUCUGUUGCUAGCAUCUGCCUGUUUGCCAGGUACCCAAUGCCCACAGCUAACUCCUCUUGCCCUUUGGAUUGAAGCAUAGAUCUGUAUCUUUAGCAUGAAAGCAGCUACUGUUGAGUGUUAGCUGAGCUGUCAGCUAUGAUGCACUGCAGGAGCUGGGGUGGUGGCUUGAAGGCCAGAGGAGUUCCCUGUUGAUUGGGAAAGAGGAAAAGGAAACUUCCAAAAUAAAAUGGUUGGAAUCAUUAAGAUGCCCAGAAUUGAAGACGGGGAUGAUUGCCGUGCUGGGGCAGGGGCUGGUUUGGCAACCCUGCAGACUGAUCCCUCUGUUUAGCCACAGAACAGUUGCAGGCCUGGCAGUCCCAGCUUCCCCCACAUGUGCCAGUGGUCCACCUUGAGGGACCCCAUCUCUGUUCAGUCUCCAUGGUCCAGUCAGGGCCACCCAGGGGGGGCAAGUGGGGCAAUUUGCCCCGGGCCCCACAGGGGCCCCCAGGAGAAUAUAGUAGGCUACAGUAUUGCA